AUGGACGCUCCUACUCCGAGAGUCUCUUCGAGCUUGUUGGCCCAGUACGUUGGCCAAGUCGUCAGGAUUGCAGGAAAGGUGAUCAGUUUAUCCCCAGAGUUGAUCAUAGAGUCGUCGGAUGGAGGCCAAGUAACAGUAGGCGACACGUCGGCUUGUGCGACAGAGAUCACGGAUGACUACAUCGAGCUGAUCGCUAAAGUAGAGACGGAGAGCCGGGUCAAGGCGCUAGACUGCUCGAACUUCGGCGACAAAUACGAUCUGAAGCUGGCGCAGGCCGUCGUCGAUAUCAUCCAUAACCCGAACCUCAGAUGCGAACGCGCUCCUUGCUUCUGA